AUGCAGGAAGAAGAGGAGUAUUUCAUUAACCAUAUGGUCAAAGACAACUUAGGAAUCAUCAGAAAGGUCCACAGUGUUUUUGCAGACAGGGAGCCCCGUGGGGUAAUGAGCUAUGAAUGUAUGGAGCUUGCGAAGCUACACUCAAUCGCCAUUGACUUCCCGAAAAUUGGUAUUGCAGCUGAAAUACCUCCUCAUCUAUACAUCAAAGAGUAUCCCGAUUUCAUGGAAAAGCCUAAUAAAUGUACCUACCGAUCGAGAUCUGUUAUCGGAAACCUUUUCCGAGAAGUGAAAGCCAUUGCACCCCGCACAAGUCCGGUGAAAGCCUUCACUUUGGAAUCAGCAAAACUGCAUUAUGACCCUGACAUGGAAGUAGACGGCUUUGAGGACUUCCUCAGUGAUGCCUUCAGAAACAAAAGUGAGUAUGAUUACAAGUUGGGGAAUUUGAUGGAUUAUUACGGGAUCAAAACUGAAGCUGAAAUUCUCAGUGGCAAUAUUUUGAAAACGUCAAAACAUUUUGUUCGGAAGAGGGAUCUGGAUACAAUUAAAUAUGCUGUAAAGUCGUUAAGAAUGGAAGCCAGGACUUGGUUCAAUGAGGGAAGUGAUGCAGACAGUGCUGAUAAUGCAAAAGCAAAAGCAAAAGCAUCUGCAUGGUAUCAUGUCACAUAUCAUUAUACUUACUGGGGUCGCUACAAUGAGGGAAUGAAUAGGGCUCAUUUCCUUAGUUUUCCAUGGUGUGUCUAUGACCAACUUAUGCAAAUCAAGAGGGAUAAAUUGAGCGUAAAGGCUUUAAAUCUGUCAUCGCCGGAGCAUGAAUUCAGUCAAUGA